AUGCGCCCCAGCAAGGAUUGGGAGUCUCUUCCGACUACAUUAACCGGCAAUAUCGAAUACUGGGGUACUGCACUCCAAUCUACGGCACCUGCCCAGCCCCUACAUCCACAUGUGGAGUCUAACGCAGACAAGGAUCUAUUCCUAGACCCCUCAUUCGAAGUUGACCCCAAUGAUGAGUUCAACUCCGGUUUAUACCUGGAUCAGUCCGCUAUAACGCCACCAUUUCAGACCAGUACAGCAGCUGGAUCUUGUAUGGACUUUUCUCUUGGAUCUGAACACCCUGAUAACCCAAUGCUGGAUUACUUUGCGCUUCCGGGCUAUUUCUCGGACAACCACAACCAGCACCAAGCAUUUGAGUCUCUCUAUAAUUCAAACCUUUGCUUCGAAGUCUCACUGCAUACGCCUAUCUUGACACCACCACCAACAGCAACAUCCACAGCCUCCUGCCUGGCUGAAAAUCGCACUCCAUGCAUUAUCACUGCGACACACUACCUUCGCACACUUCACACCCGCCAAAAUAAUUGUCUAUAUCAACAAACCUUUACGAGCCAAGAAAUUAAUGAGCCCGAAGCUCCACGAAUGUCCGGCUCAGUUCUCAAGUGCAACAAAGAAGCUGGCAUGUCAGUCUGCAGCAUGCUACAAUGUGCAUGUGCUCUCCGCCCACAGAAUCAACUUUUAAUAGCAUCAAUCUGCUCUCGACUAGUAGUGUGGUAUCGAGCAAUGAUCCGUGCAUGCUUCUCCCGUCCUGGAAGCGGUUCAAGCGGGCAAGGCUUUCCUGGAGAGCCAGAUCUGCCACAAAAAGUGAUCCAUGAAGCAGUCACUAUUGGUGACCACUUGGUCGACAACCCGGCCUUGGGACAGAAUGUUCAGGCUCAGGUUAUCCUUGGGGAACUUGGGCAUUUGCAGCGUCUUGUCGAUACCCUCUCGGUGCGGAUCCGACAGACCGGUAUGAAUGCCGGUGCUGAUAGCUCUUCUAUAGGGCUCCCGCAGAUAGCACAUGACCGAUUAGUGACGCAUCUGUCUAAGGAGGUCCAAGCGGUUAAGAAUGAUUUGAUUAUGGCUCUGAGAUAG